GCGCGCCCGCGCCUAUGUGUGUGAGUGCGUGUCCUGCUCGCUCCAUGCUGCCGCCGCUCCCGGUACCUGCUGCUGCUCCCGGGGCUGCGGGAAAUGCGAGAGGCUGAGUCGGGGAGGAGGAACCCGAGCGGCGGCGGCGGCGGCCGCGGCGGCGGCGGCGGGAGGAGCCCCCCAGGAGGAGGACCGGAAUCCAUGUGUCUUUCCUGGUGACUAGGAUGUCGUCGGAGGAGGACAAGGGCGCGGAGCAGCCGCAGCCGCCGCCACAACCCCCCGAGGAGCCAGGAGCCCCGGCCCCGAGCCCCGCAGCCGCAGACAAAAGACCUCGGGGCCGGCCUCGCAAAGAUGGCGCUUCCCCUUUCCAGAGAGCCAGAAAGAAGCCUCGAAGUAGAGGAAAAACUACAUUGGAAGAUGAGGACAGUAUGGAUGGUCUGGAGACAACAGAAACAGAAAAUAUUGUGGAAACAGAAAUCAAAGAACAGUCUGCAGAAGAGGAUGCUGAGGCGGAGGCGGAUGGCAGCAAGCGGCUGGCCCCGGCCCUGCAACGCUCUGUGUCUGAAGAGUCUGCGAGCUCCCUGGUCUCAGUUGGUGUAGAAGCCAAAAUCAGUGAACAGCUCUGUGCUUUUUGUUACUGUGGUGAAAAAAGUUCCUUAGGACAAGGAGACUUAAGACAAUUUAGAGUAACGCCUGGAUUUAUCUUGCCGUGGAAAAACCAACCUUCUAGCAAGAAGGACAUUGAUGACAACAGCAAUGGGACCUGUGAGAAAAUUCAGAAUUCAGCACCACGAAAACAGAGAGGACAGAGAAAAGAACGGUCUCCUCAGCAGAAUACAGUAUCGUGUGUGAGUGUGAGCACGCAGACUGCUUCUGAUGACCAGGUUAUUCAGUUAUGGGAUGAGCUCAGUCUUGUCGGUCUUCCCGACGCCAUUGAUGUCCAAGCCUUAUUUGAUCCCACAGGCACUUGUUGGGCUCAUCACCGCUGUGUGGAGUGGUCACUGGGAGUGUGCCAGAUGGAAGAACUGUUAUCAGUGAAUGUGGACAAAGCUGUUGUCUCAGGGAGCACAGAGCGAUGUGCAUUUUGUAAGCACCUUGGAGCCACUAUCAAAUGCUGUGAAGAGAAAUGUACACAGACAUACCAUUACCCUUGUGCUGUGGGGGCGGGCACCUUCCAGGAUGUCAGCCACUUCUUCCUUCUUUGUCCAGAGCACAUCGACCAAGCUCCUGAAAGAUCAAAGGAAGAUGCAAACUGUGCAGUGUGCGACAGCCCGGGAGACCUGUUAGAUCAGUUCUUUUGUACUACUUGUGGUCAGCACUAUCAUGGAAUGUGCCUGGAUAUAGCGGUUACUCCAUUAAAACGUGCAGGUUGGCAAUGUCCUGAGUGCAAAGUGUGCCAGAACUGCAAACAAUCGGGAGAAGAUAGCAAGAUGCUAGUGUGUGAUACGUGUGACAAAGGGUAUCAUACUUUUUGUCUUCAACCAGUUAUGAAAUCAGUACCAACCAAUGGCUGGAAAUGCAAAAAUUGCAGAAUAUGUGUAGAGUGUGGCACACGGUCUAGCUCUCAGUGGCACCACAAUUGUCUGGUGUGUGACAGUUGUUACCAGCAGCAGGACAACCUGUGUCCUUUCUGCGGGAAGUGCUACAACCCAGAACUGCAGAAAGACAUGCUUCACUGUAAUAUGUGCAAAAGGUGGAUUCACUUAGAAUGUGACAAACCAACGGAUCAGGAACUGGAUUCUCAGUUCAAAGAAGAGUAUAUCUGCACAUAUUGCAAACACUUAGCAGCAGCCGAGAUGGAUGCGCUGCAGCCAGGUGAUGGUGUGGAGAUGGCCGACAUCACUGCAGAUUAUAACAAUGAAAUGGAAGUUGAAGGCUCUGAAGACCCUGUGGUGUUUCUAGAGCAAGCAGUUAAUAAAGAUGCCAGCAGUCAAGAGUCUACACCUGGAAUUGUUCCAGAUGCAGUUCUGAUCCAUGUUGGAGAACAGCGGAAGAGCAAUCUGCCAGAAGGUCUGGACACACAUGGGCUUCUCACUUCUGAAUCAUCUCAAGAUAAAAUGCAUCCAGAAUUGGAAAAUCGGAUUUCUCAUGCAGUUGAUAAUGAAAAAGUGGAAAUGUCUUCUAAAGUGAUGCAUACUUGUGAUGAAGAUCAAAAUGAAAACAAAAUGGAUGUAAUGGGAAAUGUCGACAUCCUUGCACACCCGGCCACUGCACAAGAGGAGCUGAAGUUAUUAGAGGAACCUAAAAUGGUGGCAUCCGCUGAGGAGUCCAGGCCUCCAAAUUCAAUCCUCGACUCCAUCACCGUUCCACCACAAACCUUGGUGUCCCCCUGUAAGGAAAGUACUGUAUGCCCUAUGGAACUGUUAGCUGCAGAAAGGGUACAAGAAGAAAUGGAAAAGAAAGUUGGUUCUGAAUCUUCCACUGCCUUCAUGGACUUUGAAACGACUCCUGCAGUUGAGAGUUGUGUGAAGGAUGGUUUAUGCCAAGACAAAUCGAUAAAAUUACUGUCUGAGACGGAGUUACCGUUUCCAUCGGCAGUGGACAUAAGCAAGGCCCAUGUGUCUUCCUCUCCACCUUGUUCCUCCGACUUGCCUUCCCAUGACAUGCUGCACAGUUACCCUUCAGCGCUCAGUGCUUCUGUUGGAAAUAUCCUGCCAACCACUUACUUUUCAGUCACUCCAAAAAUUGGCAUGGGUAAACCAGCUAUUACCAAAAGAAAAUUUUCUCCUGGUAGACCUCGUUCUAAACAGGGGGCUUGGAGUACCCAUAAUACAGUGAGCCCACCUUCCUGGUCCCCAGACAUUUCAGAAGGUCGGGAAAUUUUUAAACCCAGGCAGCUUCCUGGCAGUGCCAUUUGGAGCAUCAAAGUGGGCCGUGGGUCGGGGUUUCCAGGAAAGCGGAGACCUCGAGGUGCAGGCCUGUCGGGCCGUGGCGGCAGAGGCAGGUCCAAAUUGAAAAGUGGAAUGGGGACAGUUGUGCUACCUGGGGUGUCUGCUGCUGAUAUUUCAUCAAAUAAGGAUGAAGAAGAAAACUCCAUGCACAAUACAGUUGUGCUAUUUUCUAGUAGUGACAAGUUCACUUUGCAUCAGGAUAUGUGCGUAGUUUGUGGCAGUUUUGGCCAAGGAGCAGAGGGAAGAUUACUGGCCUGUUCUCAGUGUGGGCAGUGUUACCAUCCAUACUGUGUCAGUAUUAAGAUCACUAAAGUGGUUCUCAGCAAAGGUUGGCGGUGCCUCGAGUGCACUGUGUGUGAGGCCUGCGGGAAGGCCACGGACCCAGGGAGACUCCUGCUGUGCGAUGACUGUGACAUCAGCUACCACACCUACUGCCUGGACCCUCCCUUGCAGACGGUUCCCAAAGGAGGCUGGAAGUGUAAAUGGUGUGUCUGGUGCAGACACUGUGGAGCCACGUCUGCAGGUCUGAGGUGUGAGUGGCAGAACAACUACACGCAGUGUGCCCCCUGUGCAAGCCUGUCCUCCUGCCCCGUCUGCUGCCGAAACUACCGGGAGGAAGACCUCAUCCUGCAGUGCAGACAGUGUGAUAGAUGGAUGCAUGCAAUUUGUCAAAACUUAAAUACUGAAGAGGAAGUGGAAAAUGUGGCAGACACUGGUUUUGACUGUAGCAUGUGCAGACCCUAUAUGCUGACAUCAAAUGUGCCUUCCUCAGACUGCUGUGACUCCUCACUUGUAGCACAGAUCGUCACAAAAGUGAAGGAGCUCGAUCCACCCAAGACCUACACCCAGGAUGGUGUGUGCUUGACUGAAUCAGGGUUGACUCAGUUACAGAGUCUCAUAGCUACAGCUCCAAGAAGAAAGCGGUCAAAACCAAAGUUGAAAUUGAAGAUUAUAAAUCAGAACAGCGUGGCCGUCCUGCAGACCCCUCCAGACAUCCAGUCUGAGCAUUCACGGGAUGGAGAAUUGGAUGAUAGUCGAGAAGGAGAACUUAUGGACUGUGAUGGAAAGUCAGAAUCUAGUCCUGAACGGGAAGCCGUGGAUGGUGAAGCCAAGGGUGUGGAAGGAACAGAGGGUGUCAGAAAGAGGAAGCGGAAACCGUACAGACCAGGUAUCGGUGGAUUUAUGGUACGGCAAAGAAGUCGGACCGGGCAAGGAAAAGCCAAAAGAUCUGUGAUCAGGAAAGAUUCCUCGGGCUCUAUUUCUGAGCAGUUACCUAGCAGAGAUGAAGGUUGGAGUGAGCAGUUACCAGAUACUCUUGUUGAUGAAUCUGUGUCUGUUACUGAAAACACUGAAAAAAUAAAGAAGAGGUACCGGAAAAGGAAAAACAAGCUCGAGGAAACUUUCCCUGCCUAUUUACAAGAAGCUUUCUUUGGAAAAGAUCUUCUAGAUACAAGUAGACAAAACAAGCUAAAUUUAGAUAAUCUACCAGAAGACACAGCUCAGCUUUCUUAUAAAGCAAACGUGAACGCACAUUUCUUGGAUCCUUCCUUAGACCCACUACUUAGUUCAUCCUCAACUCCAGCAAAACCUGGAACUCAUGGUACUGCUGACGACACCUUAGCUGAUAUAUCCGAAGUCCUAAACACAGAGGAUGACAUUCUUGGAAUAAUUUCAGAUGACCUUGCAAAAUCAGUUGAUCAUUCAGCCGGAAUAGAUAUUGGCCCUGUCACCGAUGACCCUUCCUCUGUGUCUCAGCCAAGUGUCAAUCAGAGUUCACGACCUUUAAGUGAGGAGCAGCUGGAUGGAAUCCUUAGUCCUGAACUAGACAAAAUGGUCACAGAUGGAGCAAUUCUUGGAAAGUUAUAUAAAAUUCCAGAGCUUGGAGGAAAGGAUGUUGAAGACUUGUUUACUGCUGUGCUCAGUCCUGUGACUCCUCAGCCAACUCCAAUACCACAGCCUCCCCCUCCCCCUGCACCACAGCUGAUACCCCUACACAGUCAGGAUGUUUUUUCACGGAUGCCACUCGUGAACGGCCUCAUUGGGCCCAGCGCUCAUCUCCCACACAACUCUGUGCCUCCUGGAUGUGGACUGGGAGCUUCCUCUGCCAUGGCACAGUCCCCUUACACCGGUGCCAGGGAUAAGAACCCAGCAUUUAAUCCAAUGGCCAGUGACCCUCACAGCUCUUGGACUUCCUCGGCGCCCCCUGUGGAAGGGGAGAGUGAUACCAUGUCCAAUGCUCAGAGAAGCACACUUAAGUGGGAGAAGGAGGAGGCUCUGGGGGAGAUGGCCACCGUUGCGCCAGUUCUCUACACAAACAUUAACUUCCCCAACCUGAAGGACGAGUUCCCUGACUGGACUACUAGAGUGAAGCAGAUUGCUAAGCUGUGGAGAAAAGCAAGCUCCCAGGAAAGAGCACCAUACGUGCAAAAAGCUAGAGACAACCGAGCUGCCUUGCGCAUCAAUAAAGUGCAGAUGUCAAAUGAUUCCCUGAAGAGGCAGCAGCAGCCAGACAGUAGCGACCCCGGCUCUCGGCUUGACUCAGAUCUCUUUAAAGAUCCGUUAAAGCAAAGAGAAUCGGAACAUGAGCAGGAAUGGAAAUUUAGACAGCAAAUGCGCCAGAAGAGUAAGCAGCAGGCGAAGAUUGAGGCCACCCAGAAGCUGGAGCAGGUGAAGAGCGAGCAGCAGCAGCAGCAGCAGCAGCAGCAGCAGCUUGGCUCACAGCCUCUGCUGGCAUUGUCGCGCGCGGACACACCGAGCGGUGGGAUGCAGAGCCCCCUGACCACCCAGCCUGGCGCUGGGAACAUGUCUCCUGCACAGUCAUUCCAUAAAGACCUGUUUACAAAGCCGCUCCCCAGCACCCCGACUUCCUCAGCUGCAGACGAUGUGUUUGUGAAGCCACAGGCUCCUCCUCCUCCUCCCACUCCCUCCCGGGUUCCCCUCCAGGAGAGCCCUUCACAGCCUCAGACUUCUCAGCCGCCUUCCCCGCAGGUGUUCUCACCUGGAUCUUCUAACUCCCGACCACCAUCUCCAGUGGAUCCUUAUGCGAAAAUGGUUGGUACCCCAAGACCACCUCCUGGGGGCCACAGCUUUUCCAGAAGGAAUUCCGCACUGGUGGAAAGCUGUGUAUCUUUAUCGUCAGCACCGAGGCCCCCUCAAAUGGGUGAGGGCGCAGCAAACAGGCCAUCUCCCAUCCGAGAUUUCUGCUCUUCCUCCUCGACAAGUAGUGACCCCUAUGCAAAGCCUCCAGACACACCCAGGCCUGUGACAACAGACCAGUUUCCCAAACCCUUGGGCCUGCCCCGGGCUCCUGUAGUUCCAGAACAAACUGCGAAAGGUCCUCUAGCAGCCGGAACCAGUGAUCACUUCGUGAAACCAUCUCCUAGGGCAGAUGUGUUUCAAAGACAGCGGAUCCCUGACCCAUAUGCACGACCCUUGUUGACGCCUGCACCCAUUGAUGGUGGGCCUGGACCUUUUAAGGCUCCCAUGCAGCUGCCUCCGCCCUCCCAGGACCCUUAUGGGCCAGUGCCACAUCCACCAAGGCGGCUAUCCGUCGACCCUUAUGAAAGGCCUGCCUUGACACCAAGACCUGCAGAUAACUUUUCUCAUAACCAAUCGAGUGAUCCAUAUAGCCAGCCUCCCCUCACCCCACGUCCUGCAAUGAACGAGUCUUUCACCCACCCCUCAAGGGCUUUUCCCCAGCCUGGAACCAUGUCAAGGCCAACAUCUCAGGAUCCAUAUUCCCAACCCUCAGGACCAUCUCCCUCCAAUCCAGACCCUUAUUCGCAGCCUCCUGGAACUCCUCGGCCCCCGACGAUUGAUCCAUAUAGUCAGCAGCCACCAACCCCAAGGCCUCCUACACAAGCAGACUUGUUUGUUACAUCUGCAACUACUCAGAGGCACUCUGACCCAUAUGCUCAUGCUCCGGGAACACCAAGACCUGGUGUCUCUGUUUUUUACUCUCAGCCACCAGCAGCACCAAGGCCAAGGGUUUCAGAGGGUUUUGCUCGGUCCUCGGUGACAAGACCUGUCCUCAUGCCAAGUCAGGAUUCGUUCCUGCAGGCGGCACAGAAUCGAGGCACCGCCUUACCUGGCCCUGUGGCGAGGACACCCGAAGCCUGUUCCCAAACACCUGUGCCGCCGGGACCUGGCCUCGCAGACACAUUCAGCCGUGUCUCCCCAUCUGCUGCUCGGGAUCCCUACGACCAGCCCCCAAUGACCCCAAGGCCUCAGGCUGAUGCUUUUGGAGCAAGUCACAUGGCUCCUGAUGCUGCUGAUCAGCCCCGGCCUGGGUCUGAGGGGAACUUCAGUGCUCCUUCCAACGCCCCCGUGAAUCCUCAAGGCCAGCAGUUCUCCAGCGUCUCCCAGCUUCCUGGCCCGGUACCGACGUCAGGAGUCACAGACACACACAACACCAUCAACAUGUCCCAAGCAGAUACAGAGAAAUUGAGACAGCGGCAGAAGUUACGUGAAAUCAUUCUGCAGCAGCAGCAGCAGAAGAAGAUGGCAGGUCGACAGGAGAAAGGUUCCCAGGAUGCAGCCUCCGUGCCUCAUCCCAGUCCCCUGCAGCACUGGCAGCCUGAGAGUGUCAGCCAGGCUUUCUCCAGGCCUCCGCCCCCCUAUCCUGGGAGCAUCAGGCCGCCUGCUGUCCCUCCGCUGGGACCUAGAUACGCUGUCUUCCCAAAGGACCCACGUGGACACUAUCCUCCUGAAGUUACUGGGAUGGGAAUGAGACCUCAAGGAUUUAGAUUUGGAUUUCCAGGAGGUAGUCAUGGUACCCUAUCAAGUCAGGAACGCUUCCUUGUGCCUCCUCAGCCAAUACAAGGACCUGGAAUUCCUCCACAGCUGAGAAGAUCAAUGUCUGUAGAUGUGCCCAGGCCUUUAAAUAACCCACCAAUGAGUAAUCCAGUUGGUCUGCCUCAGCAUUUCCCACCACCAGGUCUGCCCGCCCCCCAGCAUCACAUACUCGGCCAAGCAUUCAUCGAGCUGCGGCACAGGGCCCCGGAUGGACGGCCACGGCUGCCCUUUAGUGCUCCUGGCAACAACAUUCUAGAGUCACCUCAUCCACGACAUGGGAACUUUAUUCCCCGGCCGGACUUUCCAGGACCUAGACACACAGACCCCAUGAAACGACCUUCCCAAGGUCUACCUAAUCAGCUGCCUGUGCAUCCAACUUUGGAACAGGUGCCACCCUCUCAGCCAGAGCAAGGCCAUCCUGUCCAUUCUUCUAUGGUCAUGAGGUCCCUGAGUCAUCCCUUCGGUGGGGAGUUUUCAGAGGCCUCUUUGUCAACAUCUACACCAGUUGAAACAACGUCUGAUAAUUUACAGGUAACUUCCCAGUCUUCUGAUGGUCUUGAAGAAAAACUUGAUUCUGAUGACCCAUCUGUAAAAGAGCUAGAUGUUAAAGAUCUUGAAGGGGUUGAGGUCAAAGACUUGGAUGAUGAAGAUCUUGAAAAUUUAAAUCUAGAUACAGAAGAUGGCAAGGGAGAUGAAUUGGAUACUUUAGGUAAUUUGGAAACUAAUGAUCCCAACCUGGAUGACCUCUUAAGGUCAGGAGAAUUUGAUAUCAUUGCAUAUACAGAUCCAGAACUUGACCUAGGAGAUAAGAAAAGCAUGUUUAACGCAGAACUAGACCUUAAUGUCCCAAUUGAUGAUAAGUUAGAUAAUCAGUGUGUAUCUGUUGAACCAAAAAAAAAGGAGCAAGAAGAUAAAACUGUGGUUCCUUCUGAUAAACAUUCCCCAUGGAAAAAACCCACUGUCACCAGUGAGAUAAAAACAGAAGUGCUGUCUCCAAAUUCUAAAGGGGAAGCCAGAUGUGAAAGUGAGAAAAGCCACGAGGGUAACGAUCACGCGGACACGCCCUGCUCCCAAGCUGCCGCUCACACAGACCUGCACGGUGGAGACGAGCCCCCUCCGCAGUCCUGUGACGCAGACCUGCCUGACAAAAGGGCUCUUUGCGAAACCGCUGGCUCCUGCACAGGUGCUGCUCAUGGACCCACUCAGCUGCCUGCUGAAGACACAGCCAACUCUUGUGGCAUAACUGGGUCAACUCCGGUUCUUUCCAGUUUACUUGCUAAUGAAAAGUCGGAUCCUCCAGACAUGGAGCCGUUGGGGUCUCCACCACCAGCGUUGCCAGCCUCAACAUCCAGUCACAUGCCAAGUUUGCCUCCUGCACUGAUGACGCCGCCUGGCCAUGUUCUGGAUAAUACCAUGAAUUCUACCGUAACAGUAGUCUCUAGGGUAAACCAUGCUUUUCCUCAGAGUGUGCAGGUAAAUCCAGGAUUCCUUCAGGGUCAGUCGGCAGUUAAUCAUGGUUUUGGGACAGGAAAACCUACGGAUCAAACUGUGCCCCUAUCCAGUCAGUCUGGACCCCCGCCACUGGUGGUCCCUCCGACACUCACCCCGCAGAGCCGAGAGAGACCCCUCCUCCUGGACGAACAGCCUCUGCUGCUGCAGGACCUUCUGGACCAAGAGAGGCAGGAGCAGCAGCAGCAGAGACAGAUGCAGGCCAUGAUCCGGCAGCGGUCGGAGCCCUUCUUCCCCAACAUCGAUUUUGAUGCAAUUACAGAUCCUAUAAUGAAAGCUAAAAUGGUGGCCCUUAAAGGCAUCAAUAAAGUAAUGGCACAAAACAAUAUGGGCAUGCCACCAAUGGUCAUGAACAGGUUCCCCUUUAUGGGCCAGUCGGUGACUGGAGCGCAAACAGGGGACGGCCAGACUCUGCUGCCACAGGCCAUUCCUCAGGAUGGCAGUAUAACACAUCAGCUUUCUAGGCCUAAUCCUCCAAAUUUUGGUCCAGGCUUUGUCAAUGACUCCCAACGUAAGCAGUACGAAGAGUGGCUUCAGGAGACCCAGCAGCUGCUCCAGAUGCAGCAGAAAUACCUCGAAGAACAAAUCGGCGCGCACAGAAAAUCCAAGAAGGCCCUCUCGGCCAAGCAGCGCACCGCCAAGAAGGCCGGGCGGGAGUUCCCAGAAGAGGACGCGGAGCAACUCAAGCACGUGACUGAGCAGCAGAGCAUGGUCCAGAAGCAGCUGGAGCAGAUCCGGAAGCAGCAGAAGGAGCACGCGGAGCUGAUGGAGGAUUACCGGAUCAAGCAGCAGCAGCAGCAGCAGCAGCACGCAAUGGCCCCGCCCGCCGUCAUGCCCAGGGUGCCGCCCCUCGUUCCCGGAGCCGCCCCGCCUGCCGUGGGCCAGCCCAGCUUCCCGCUGGUGGCCCCGCCGCUGCAGCACUCGGCUGUCGUUCCUGGCCACACCAGCCCCGCGCGGAUGCCCGGCUUACCCGGGUGGCAGCCUCCCGGUGCCCCUGCUCACCUCCCCCUGAACCCUCCCCGGGUCCAGCCUCCAGUUGCCCAAUUACCAAUGAAAACUUGCCCAUCGGCCCCAGGGACAGCGCCCAAUGCAAAUCCACAGAGCGGCCCGCCUCCACGGGUGGAGUUUGAUGACAACAACCCCUUUAGUGAAAGUUUUCAAGAACGGGAGCGGAAGGAGCGGCUCCGAGAACAGCAGGAGAGGCAGCGGAUCCAGCUCAUGCAGGAGGUGGACCGCCAGAGAGCCCUGCAGCAGAGGCUGGAGCUCGAGCAGCAUGGCCUGACGGGUCCGGAGUUGAGCGCAAGGACAGCCAUGCCCCAGGCCCCGUUCUACGGCCCUGACCUGCCUUGUGACUUCUUGCAGCCCCCACGGCCCCUUCAGCAGUCUCCUCAGCAGCAGCAGCAGCAGCAGCAGCAGCAGGUGGGCCAGGUUUUGCAGCAGCAGAGCAUGCCCCAAGGGUCUGUGAAUUCACCCCCCACCCCAACUUUCAUGCAGACCAACGAGCGAAGACAGAUAGGACCCCCCUCGUUGGUCCCUGACUCGCUGUCAGUUCCUGGCGGGAGCCCAACCUUCCACCCUGGUAAGCAGGCGCACAGCAGUCUUCCCGGGGCCGGCUUCCAGCAGGCCCCUGUGCGGGCGCCUUUCACACCUGCCUUGCCCACAGCAUCGCCAGGAGCCAACAGCAGUCUCCCCUGUGGCCAAGACCCUGCCUUAACCCAUGGACAAGGCUACCCCGGAUCGGCCCAGUCUCUCAUUCAACUGUAUUCUGAUAUCAUCCCAGAGGAAAAGGGGAAGAAGAAAAGAACAAGAAAAAAGAAGAAAGAUGAUGACGUGGAAUCCACCAAGGCACCGUCCACUCCACACUCAGACAUAACUGCUCCACCGACCCCAAGUGUCCCUGAAUCUACCUCCACACCCACAGUCCCUACGCCCAGCGAGCUCCCUCUGAAAGGAGAGCCCGAGUCCGGGGAAGCAGCUGGCUCAUCGGCUCCGAGCGCGGCCGCAGGCCAGCAGUGCACAGACCUGGAAAACAGCUUGCCCCACGAGCAGUUCUCCCAGGGAACCCCACGUCAGCAGACGUCCGCCACUGCAGGGGCGGACACGCGGCCCUCGAGCACUCCUGCCACAGUUGAAGAGGUCAAACCGGAGAUGGCCGAGCCCCAGCAGUGCCCAGGCCCCGAGGGGCCUCCCUCAGAGGGACCGGCUGGGAGUCAGGCAGCAGAAACGGCUGUGGUCUGUCCCAUCUCCUCAGGGCAGAGCCCUCCCCCUGCUGCCAAAGGAGAUUUGGGCAAUGAGCUUCUGAAGCACCUGCUGAAAAACAAGAAGGCCGCUGCCCUCGGCACCCCGAAACCUGAAGGCACUGGUUGCCCACAAGACGACAGCACCAAGGACAGCACGCCGGCGGAGAGGCAGAACCCAGCCAAAGGACCGCAAACUCUGGGAGCUCACACGCAAGGUGGUUUUGGAUGUGGCAACAACCAGCUGCCAAAAGUAGAUGGAGGAGGUGAAACCAAGAAACCACGAGGCAAACGGACCCAGAGGACAGGGGAGAAGGCAGCUCCUCGCUCAAAGAAAAGGAGAAAGGACGAGGAGGAGAAGCAAGCUGUGUAUUCUACCAGCGACACCUUUACCCACCUGAAACAGCAGAAUAAUUUAAGUAAUCCUCCAACACCCCCUGCCUCUCUUCCUCCUACACCACCUCCUAUGGCCUGUCAGAAGAUGGCAAAUGGCUUUGCGACAACUGAAGAGCUUGCUGGAAAAGCUGGAGUGUUAGUGAGCCAUGAAGUUACCAAAAGCUUCGGACCUAAACCAUUCCAUCUGCCGUUCCGAGCCCAGGACGACUUGCUGGCCAGAGCCAUUGCUCAAGGCCCAAAGACCGUCGAUGUGCCAGCGUCCCUGCCCACACCACCUCACAAUAACCAGGAGGAGUUAAGGAUGCAGGACCACAGUGCUGACCGGGACUCUCCUGACAGCUUUGUCCCCUCGUCCUCUCCUGAGAGCGUGGUGGGGAUGGAAGUGAGCAGAUACCCUGAUUUGUCCUUGGUCAAAGAGGAGCCCCCCGAGCCUGUGCCAUCCCCCAUCAUCCCACUUCUCCCCAGCAGCGCCGGGAAAGGUCCGGAGUCUAGACGGAAUGACAUUAAAACUGAGCCAGGCACUUUCUUGUUCUCACCACCUUUUGGUUCUUCCCCAAACGGCCCCAGGUCGGGUCUGAUAUCUGUGGCCAUCACUCUGCAUCCAGCAGCUGCUGAGAACAUCAGCAGCGUUGUGGCUGCGUUUUCCAACCUUCUUCACGUCCGAAUUCCUAACAGCUACGAGGUUAGUAAUGCUCCAGACGGUCCAUCCGUGGGUUUGAUCAAUAGCCACAGAGUAAACCCAGGUUUGGAGUAUCGACAGCAUUUAUUUCUUCGUGGGCCUCCACCAGGAUCUGCGAACCCCCCCAGAUUAGCAAGCUCUUACCGGCUGAAGCCGCCCCAUGUACCAUUUCCACCAACGAGCAAUGGUCUUUCUGGCUACAGGGAUGCUGCUCACGGAAUCCCAGAGAGCGAGGCCCUCAGACCACGGUGGUGCUGUCACUGCAAAGUGGUGGUUCUUGGAGGCGGGGUGCGCAAGUCUCUCAGAGACCUGGCCUUCGUGAGCAAGGGUUCCUGCGAAAGCUCCAGUGGAGUGGAGAAGGACAUUGUCUUUUGUAGUAAUAACUGCUUCAUUCUUUACUCAUCGACUGUACAAGCAAAAAUCUCAGAAAGCAAGGAGUCCAUUCCGUCAUUGCCCCAGUCACCGAUAAAAGAGACACCUUCCCGAGCGUUCCAUCAGUACAGUAACAACAUCUCCACUUUGGACGUGCACUGCCUCCCGCAGCUCCAGGAAAACGCUUCCCCUCCAGCCUCUUCUCCCAUCACUUUCCCUCCAGCUUUUGAAGCAGCCAAAGUCGAGGCAAAGCCAGAUGAGCUUAAGGUCACAGUCAAGUUAAAGCCUCGGCUAAGAACGGCCCCUGGGGGGCUGGAAGACUGCAGGCCAGUGAGUAAGAAGUGGAGAGGGAUGAAGUGGAAGAAGUGGAGCAUUCACAUCGUCAUCCCCAAAGGCACGUUCCCACCGCCUUGUGAGGACGAGAUCGACGAGUUCCUGAAGAAGCUGGGCACGUCCCUGAAGCCCGACCCUGUGCCCAGGGACUAUCGCAAGUGCUGCUUCUGUCAUGAGGAAGGGGAUGGCUUGACAGAUGGGCCGGCAAGGCUGCUCAACCUUGACUUGGAUCUGUGGGUCCACUUGAAUUGUGCUCUGUGGUCCACGGAGGUCUAUGAGACCCAGGCGGGUGCCUUAAUCAACGUGGAGCUGGCCCUGAGGAGAGGCCUGCACAUGAAAUGCGUCUUCUGUCAUAAAAUGGGUGCCACCAGCGGGUGCCACAGGUUGCGGUGCACCAACGUUUAUCACUUUACCUGCGCCAUGAAAGCACAAUGCAUGUUCUUUAAAGAUAAAACUAUGCUUUGUCCCAUGCACAAACCAAAGGGAAUUCAUGAGCAGGAAUUAAGCUACUUCGCGGUCUUCCGGAGGGUUUACGUGCAACGGGACGAGGUGCGACAGAUCGCCAGCAUCGUGCAGCGCGGGGAACGCGACCACACCUUCCGCGUCGGGAGCCUCAUCUUCCACACGAUCGGCCAGCUGCUCCCGCAGCAGAUGCAGGCGUUCCACUCCCCCAAAGCGCUCUUCCCUGUCGGCUACGAAGCCAGUCGGCUGUACUGGAGCACACGCUACGCCAACCGGCGCUGCCGCUACCUGUGCUCCAUCGAGGAGAAAGAUGGGCACCCCAUGUUUGUCAUCAGGAUUGUGGAGCAGGGCCACGAGGAUCUCGUCCUAAGUGACACCUCACCCAAAGGUGUCUGGGAUAAAAUUUUGGAGCCCGUGGCUUGUGUGAGAAAGCAGUCUGAAAUGCUCCAGCUUUUCCCAGCGUAUUUGAAAGGCGAGGACCUGUUUGGCCUGACGGUGUCUGCGGUGGCUCGGAUUGCGGAAUCACUCCCUGGGGUUGAAGCAUGUGAAAACUACACCUUUCGAUAUGGCCGAAAUCCUCUCAUGGAACUCCCUCUUGCCGUUAACCCCACAGGUUGUGCCCGCUCUGAGCCUAAAAUGAGUGCCCAUGUCAAGAGGUUUGUGUUAAGGCCUCACACCUUGAACAGCACCAGCACCUCCAAGUCCUUCCAGAGCACAGUCACCGGGGAACUGAACGCCCCGUACAGCAAGCAGUUCGUCCAUUCCAAGUCGUCGCAGUACCGGAGAAUGAAGACCGAGUGGAAGUCCAACGUGUAUCUAGCCCGCUCUCGGAUUCAGGGGCUGGGCCUGUAUGCUGCUAGAGACAUCGAGAAGCACACCAUGGUCAUUGAAUACAUUGGGACCAUCAUUCGAAAUGAAGUAGCAAACAGAAAGGAGAAGCUUUAUGAGUCUCAGAACCGCGGCGUGUACAUGUUCCGCAUGGAUAACGACCACGUGAUCGAUGCCACACUCACAGGAGGGCCUGCAAGAUACAUCAACCAUUCAUGUGCACCUAACUGUGUGGCUGAGGUGGUGACUUUUGAGAGAGGACACAAAAUUAUCAUCAGCUCCAGCCGCAGAAUCCAGAAAGGAGAAGAGCUGUGCUAUGACUACAAGUUUGACUUUGAAGACGACCAGCACAAGAUCCCCUGUCACUGUGGAGCUGUCAACUGCCGCAAGUGGAUGAACUGAAUGCAUUCCUGCUGUCCGGCGGGCGGCGUGUCCCUAGGAAGAAGCGAUUCAACACACCGUUUGGAUUUGGCAGCAGAGAUAUAUUUUUAUUUUCUGUUUAUGACUGAAAUCUAGCUUCUGGGAGUCUGAUUUCCUCAGCCCUGUGGGCGAAGCGGCCCCAGGGAAGGCGGACUCGGCAGCGCUCCUCCAGUGGCUGAGGUUACAGAAUUACAGAUGGUCCAGCACUUUUUUCUUUUUCUUUCCUCCUUUUUUCUUUUUGUGGGUGGGUUUUGUUUUGUUUUGUUUUGUUGUUUUAGUCUCACUAAGGAGAAACUUACUGGGGCACAGAGCCGAUGGCUGCCCUGCCCCGGGGCAAGGGCCUUCCUAUGAAUGUAAGACUGAAAUCACCAGCGAAGGGACAUGUCCAAAGUGCUGGCCACGGCCUUAUCUGAAAAAGGGGCAGGCCCUCUAAUUUAAAGUUUUUUAAAUAAAGUAGACACCACUGAACAAGGAAUGUACUGAAAUGACUUCCUUAGGGAUAGAGCUAAGGGAUAAUAACUUGCACUAAAAUACAUUUAAAUACUUGAUUCCAUGAGUCAGUUUAUUGUAGUUUUUGAUUUCUGUAAAAUAAGAGAAACUUUUUGUAUUUAUUAUUGAAUAAGUGAAUGAAGCUAUUUUUAAAUAAAAGUUAGAAGAAAGCCAAGCUGCUGCUGUUACCUGCAGAACUAACAGACCCUGUUACUUUGUACAGAUAUGUAAAUAUUUUGAGAAAAAAUACAGUAUAAAAAUAGUUAUUGACCAAAUGCUACCAGGCUCUGCAGCAGCUCGGGUGCUUAUAAAAUGUUCAUAGGGAUGUUACAAUAUAAUUUUGUGUUAUAAAUAUGCCAUUAUAAUUAUGUAAUAACCAAAAUUUCAACCUAGAGUGUUUGGAGUUUUUUGGAAACCACGGUCAAUUAGUACUUAAUGUUUUAUACACCUUCUGAUAGAACAGAGUGUAUGCCAUGACUACAACUUUUAUAGCUGUUUUGGUAAUUUAAACUAAUUUUUUCAUAUUAUAUUGUUGCAUCCCUACUUCUUCAGUCAGGUUUUUUUGUGCUUACAAUUUGUGAUAACUGUGAAUAACUGCUUAAAGAGACACCCACAUAGAGGCUGACUUUUCUUCAGCAAAAGUAGUUUUGAUUAGAACUGUUUCAAGCCACAAAAAAUCAUUUAAACAUACUAGGAUCAUGUAGCAGGAACUCUGAUCUAACUCUAGCCUUCUAUUUAACACAAAAAUUUGAAAAAGGAAAAAAAAAAAGGAGAUGUGAUCAUGGGCUGCAGGACUCCGGCAAAAGGGUUUUGGAAGAUGUGAUUUUAAAAUGUGUUUGUAUGAUCUGUUUGUUUACAUUUCUUUAAUAAAAAACACACGCUGUUUUGUGUUUGCUUGUAGAAACUUAAUCAGCAUUUCGAACCAGGUUAGCUUUUUAUUUUGUACUUAAAAUUCUGGUACUGACACUUCACAGGCUGAGUAUAAAAUGAAGUUUUGUGUGCACAAUUCAAGUGGACUGUAAGCUGGUGGUAUAUUCAGUGAUGCAGUUCUGAACUUGUAAUGUAUAUGGCAUGAUGUAUUUUUAUCUUACAGAAUAAAUCAAUUGUAUAUAUUUUUCUCUUGAUAAAUAGCUGUAUGAAAUUUGUUUCUUGAAUAUUUUUCUUCUCUUGUACAAUAUCUGACAUCCUACCAGUAUUUGUCCUACCGGUUUCUGUUUUGUUUUUGGUUCUGUAUGAUAGUAUCUAAUGUUGGCAAAAUUGAAUUUUUUGAAGUAUACAGAGUGUUAUGGGUUUUGGAAUUUGUGGACACAGAUUUAGAAGAUCACCAUUUACAAAUAAAAUAUUUUACAUCUCUAAAA